AUGCCGAUGGCAUGAAUCUCAACACACAUCAGAAAGCGAAAACGUAUGUUCAUCCACUUAAGAAAUACAUUCAAGAUCAACAUAUUCAUAUUUCUAUCUUACAAGUUUCAAUAUAAAGUUACAGGCAGGCAACAAGAGCUAACUGUAGGCUACAGUGCAUCGAUGAAGAAGAUGCUCCUGAAUUAAGGUUCCUUAAGAAAUGGUACUGUUUCUCUGUGGUAACGUUUAAUAGAUUCAAUAACUUUUACUGCAAAAGCCUCAUCCUCUGGGUAAUAUGCAAUAGGAUCAGAUAACAGAGGAAGUGGAAGAUUAAGCACACCUUCAAGUGUUGCGUG